CCCUCCUGGGCCUUCGCUAUUAGAGUUUGCUGCAAAAUUACUGAACCAUGGAUUGAGAAUGCAUCCUGGUGUUCUCCCUGAGAUGGCAAAGAAACAUGGAAACGUUUUCACUCUAAGGGGAGGAACUCAGCCUGUUAUAAUUCUGUCUGGAUUUGAAACUAUAAAAGAAGCACUAAUAAAGCAUUCAGAAAUAUUUGCUGGAAGACCACUGACCCCUUUCUUCAAAGUUAUAACGAAAGGAAAGGGUAUUGUGUUUGCAAAUGGUCACACCUGGAAGCAGCAACGGAAGUUUGGGAUAGUGACCAUGCAGAAGCUGGGGAAGAAAGUUCUGACACAUCAAAUACAAGCAGAGGCCCAACAGCUGGUUGAGAUUUUUGCAAGUGCAAAUGGGCAGCCAUUUGACCCUUCAUUACCCAUCAUUAAUUCAACCAGCAAUGUGGCAUGUGCUCUCGUUUUUGGACGUCGGUAUUCUUCUUCUGAUGAAGAAUUCUUAAAGUUGACUGAAAUUGUUAACUACAAUACAGAAUUUGGAGGUACCUUCUCUCACCUUUUAUAUGAAACAUUCCCAUGGCUCAUGAAACAUAUCCCAUGGCCAUAUAAGAAGUCAUUUGUCUGUGUAGAUGACUUGCUUUCAUAUGUAAAGAAGGAGAUAGAAAAACACAGGGUGGAACCACCAAUGGAAGAGCCACAAGAUUUCAUCAAUUACUAUCUUUUUCAGAUGGAGAAAAGCAAGAAUGACCCCACUUCAACAUACGAUGAGGAAAACCUGUUCCAGUGUAUUUCUGACAUCUUCUCCGCAGGGACUGACACAACAGCCAAAACUCUGCAAUGGGCAUUGCUUCUUCUCAUGACUCAUCCAGAUAUCCAAGAGAAAGUACAUAAGGAGCUAGACGAUGCUUUUGGUCCCUCACAAACAAUUGGCUAUCAAGAUCGGAAGAAAAUACCUUAUACCUUUGCUCUGAUUCAUGAGGUCAUGCGUUACAAAUGUAUCCUAUUAACUGGAAACCCUAGACUGUCUCUGCAGGAUAUCACCAUUCUUGGUACUUUCAUUCCUAAGGGUUCCAUGAUUGUUCCAGAUGUACACUCAGUUUUUUCUGAUCCCAAGAUUUGGGAGACCCCCAAAAAGUUCAACCCAAGUCAUUUUUUGGACAAGGAUGGAAAAUUUGUGGAUAGAGAAGAACUUGUGCUCUUUGGUGCAGGAUCCCGUGUAUGUAUAGGGAAGGAGUUGGCGAAAAUGGAACUGAUCACCUUCUUCUCCAAUCUGUUGAGAGCAUUCACCUUCAAGCUGCCAGAAGGAGUGAAAGAAGUCAGCACGGAGCCUGUAUUAGGCUUUACACUGACUCCCCAACAUUAUAAGCUCUGUGCUAUUCCCCGCAACAGUGAAACAUGACCCCUGACAAUAAUUAGAGCAGGUUAUUUCUUCAUCCCCAUUUCUCCAUCAUUAAUUUAAAUUCCAGCCAAUAUUCUGCUCUGAUCUGCUCAGUUCUCAGAAACAACGUUUCUGUGCCCCAUCAGUGUUUAUGUGAGAACUACGCUAUACAAUACUUUUUUCAUGGUCUCACAUGUUCUCCACAGCUACACAACAGCUGCAGGACACUGCUUCUGUUUAAAAAGAUGGAGAGCUCAAAUGAGUACAAUACAGCACCACAUAGGAAGGACUUCUGCCUCCUCCCCUCCCGUCCCCUCCCCCCCACCCGGCAGCACUUUCUUCAUGCAAAAACCUU